CGGCAUCACUUCGUUCUAGCUAUCAAGCUAGAGUUUCAUUUUCGAUCGUAAUUAAGUUGUUUCAGAGACCAAAGUUCCAGUCGAAAAUGGUCAAGCUUUUGGUGAUCUUUUUGGCGGUCGCAGCCGUAGCGGCCGAAGAAAAAGCAGCCGAGAACGCCGAGGGUCAGCUGGUGAGGAACUCGAGAGGAAUAAUCUCGAACCUCUUCGGUGGAUGUCAGAGCGGAAGUAGCAGCAGCAACUCCCGUUCAUCGUCGAGUCACAUGGAUUCCGAUGACUUUGAAAUCAUCAAACUGGACGCACCCCUAGGCGCGUCUCAGCCGUCCCCCUGUCAACAAUCCGCUUCGUCCGGUUCGUCUCAGGGUUCUUACUCUCGUUACGGAGGAAGUUACUCCUCCUCCGAUGACUCUGCUCCCCAUGUGUCGACCCGCGUCGUAGGACAGAACAUCAGACAGGCCUCAGCUUCGGCUCCGGUCCAACGAGCUCCAGCUCCAGUCACCUAUUCCCAAGCCCCAGCUCCGGUUGUUCAACGCGCUCCGGUCCAACGAGCUCCAGCUCCAGUCACCUAUUCCCAAGCCCCAGCUCCGGCUGUUCAACGCGCCCCGGCAUCUUCCUGUGGCGGCGGAUGUGGCGGCGGAUGCGGCGGCGGAUGCGGUGGCUCGAGCAUUGCAGUAUCAGGCGUUGUUUCCGGUGUCUUAUCAAGUGGUGGAUGCGGUGGCGGAUCUAGCGGUGGAUGCGGUGGCGGAUGCGGUGGCGGAUCUAGCGGUGGAUGCGGUGGUGGAUGCGGUGGCGGAUCUAGCGGUGGAUGCGGUGGCGGAUGCGGCGGUGGAUGCGGUGGCGGAUGCGGCGGUGGAUGCGGUGGCGGAUGCGGUGGCGGAUGCGGCGGUGGAUGCGGUGGCGGAUGCGGCGGUGGAUGCGGUGGCGGAUCUACCGGUGGCGGAUCCAGCGGUGGUUACUCCAAUCAGGUCGAAUACGUCCACAUCGAGCACCCUCCCCAGGUCAUCGAGCAGGUUGUGGAGCACCACAUCGAGCACCCGCCUCAAAUAAUCGAAACAGUUGUCGAGCACGUGAUUGAGCACCCGCCCCAAAUAAUCGAGCACACGAACCACGUCAUCGAGAAGGUGCCCCAUGUCGUAAUCGCCCGAGGUCACUCCCAAUCCAACUCCGAGUCCCACUCGUCCCAAGCUUGUGGUGCUCGUAUCGGAAAAGGCAAAAAGUUUUGAACUUCUCGACAACCAACUGAGAUUGGAACUUCGAUGACUUUGGAUAGCCUCCAAUGACCUGACCCGAAGAACCGACUUGCUCAAAAUCGCUCCGACGUUGCCGUUUUCACGGCUAAGUGUACUUGCUUUCGCUUCUUCUUUCUCUCUUAUACAUUAAACGACGAAACGAUUUCUACUCAUCAACAUUA